UCCCCUCCUCUCUCUCUCCCCUCCUCUCUCUCGCUCUUUCCCCUCCUCUCUCUCUCUGCCCCUCAGCUACAUAGCAGAUAACCAGAUGAACGGAGCCUGUCUAGCGUUUGUGGAAGGUUGCGGUGCAUACAUUGCCAGGAAGAACCUCUGUAGGAACUUCCUGUUACACCUGGUCAGCAUGCAUGACUUUAAACUGGUUACCACGGCAACCAUCAACCAGGCCAUGACACGCCUCCGACACAUCCAGCAGACCCAGCGGCAGGAAGGAGGAGAGUAUUGGGUGACAGCGCUGGAGUCUCCGUCUGAGCUGCAACCCGACUAUGCCACAUGUAAUGACGACCACACGGAUGGUAAGAGUAACCAUGGUAAUGGCCGCACGAAUGGAAACGGCAUCGGCGAUGAAGCUGGUAGUUCUGUUGCUGUGGAAACGUCCAGGCCGAGCAAGAGGCAUAAGUUGUGAGGUACCCUCCGGCCCUCUCCUGGAGGAGUGAUGAGUAUCUAAAAUGAUGCCCGGUGAUUGGCUGAGUGGAGGGUGAAAGAGGGUGUGUUGGUGUUGGUGGUGAUUGGAGGGAAUAAUAAGAGAGACUCAUGAUGACAUCAUUCCAAACAAUGGUGUUGGGUUUACUGUAUAGAGGUGGUGGGCCAGAAUCAUUUAAGUCAAUUUGGAGACACACACACACACACACACAGUCCCACUGGUUAUAGCAGGGAAACCUUGGUCUAGUUUUUCCCCAUGUCUGGUUAUUCAGUCUUGCUUUGAUGUCAUUAGACUGACGUUACAGUGACCAUGAGGUCUGUAAGCGCAAUAACUUAGUCCCAACUGGCACCAUAUUCCUUUAUACUAGUGUGCAAUACUUUUUACCAGGCCCUGUACAUCAAGCUGUCUGCUAUAGACUAGCAUUCUGUCCAGGAGGUGUACUUAUACAUCAAGCUGUCUGCUAUAGACUAGCAUUCUGUCCAGGAGGUGUACUUAUACAUCAAGCUGUCUGCUAUAGAUUAGCAUUCUGUCCAGGAGGUGUACUUGUACAUCAAGCUGUCUGCUAUAGACUAGCAUUCUCUCCAGGAGGUGUACUUGUACAUCAAGCUGUCUGCUAUAGACCAGCAUUCUGUCCAGGAGGUGUACUUGUACAUCAAGCUGCCUGCUAUAGACUAGCAUUCUGUCCAGGAGUGGUACUUGUACAUCAAGCUGUCUGCUAUAGACUAGCAUUCUGUCCAGGGGUGUACUUGUACAUCAAGCUGUCUGCUAUAGACUAGGGGAUGUACUUGUUCAUCAAGCUGUCUGCUAUAGACUAGCAUUCUGUCCAGGAGGUGUACUUGUACAUCAAGCUGUCUGCUAUAGACUAGCAUUCUGUCCAGGAGGUGUACUUGUACAUCAAGCUGUCUGCUAUAGACUAGCAUUCUGUCCAGGAGGUGUACUUGUACAUCAAGCUGUCUGCUAUAGACUAGCAUUCU